AUGGCAUACAAUCUGAACUGUAUCAGGGCAACGAUUGGCUGCUUUGUCUUCAAUUUACUUGUUCUGCCAUUUAGUUCUGCAUUUCUUUGUGAAGAAUCCACUGAUUGUCAUGCUCUUCUUAAAUUCAAGCAGGGCCUGAGAAGCGAUCCCGAAGGUCAUCUGAAGACUUGGAACAAAGCCAAUCCCUUCUGCAACUGGACUGGAAUCACAUGCCACCCACAUCUCCGAGACCGAGUGAUAGGUCUUGAGCUCAUAGACAUGGUUUUGCAAGGAGGGAUAUCCCCAUUCAUAUCCAAUCUUUCUCUUCUUACCACCCUGUCUCUGCAAGGCAACAGAUUCUCUGGACAAAUUCCAUCUUCCUUGGGAGGACUUUCAGAGUUAGCAUUUCUCAAUAUAAGCGAAAAUAAGCUUGAAGGUGAGAUUCCUGGUUCUUUGCAUGGCUGCCAAAGCUUGAAAGAACUAGACUUGAAUGUCAACAAUCUUUCUGGGGUCAUUCCUGAGGAACUCAGCUGGCUGAAGAACUUAACAUACUUGGGUCUGUCUCUAAACAGACUCACUGGAGAGCUGCCGUCGUCGCUAUCAAACUUGACGGAAUUGACACAAAUAAAACUGGGUGUCAAUUAUUUUACUGGAAAGAUCCCACCACAGCUUGGAGCAUUAAGAAAGCUAGAGAUUCUGUACCUCCAUACGAACUAUCUUGAGGGACCAGUACCUGCAGCAAUUAGCAACUGCACCGCUUUACGUGAGAUUUCGCUGCUUGAGAAUCUAUUAAGUGGAGAAAUUCCUUUAGAGCUGGGUGCCAAACUCCAGAACUUGCAGAAAUUGUACAUGCUUGAUAACAAGCUUUCUGGUAGAAUUCCAGUGAUCCUCUCCAAUCUCUCUCAGCUCACACUGCUUGAUCUCAGUCUCAACAAUUUAGAGGGGGAAGUUCCUGCAGAGUUGGGAAUGUUAAAGAACCUUGAGAUUCUCUACUUUCAUUCCAACUACUACUUAGGUCGCGGCAGCUCUGGCAAUUCUUCCCUCAGUUUCUUAACAGCUCUCACAAACUGUUCGGUUCUAAAAAAGCUACACUUUGGUUCAUGCUCGUUCAAAGAUAAUAUACCGUCUUCUGUAGGUGGUCUUUCAAAAGACCUCUUUUACUUCAAUCUUUUCAAUAAUUCCAUUAUGGGAAGUAUACCAGACAGUAUUGGAAACUUAAGCAGCCUAGUAACCUUAAAGCUGUCAUACAACCUUUUGGAACGAAAAAUUCCACCAUCAUUUGGAAAGCUUGGGAAUUUGCAGAGGUUAUACUUGGAGAGAAACAGAAUUCUUGGGCCAAUUCCAGAUGAAUUGGGGAAGAUGUCUAGCCUUGGUCUACUGGAUCUUGGUAAAAAUUUGAUUGGUGGGUCUAUUCCACCUUCACUUGGUAACCUUUCACAGCUGAGAUAUCUUAACCUGUCUACGAACAGCCUAUCAGGAAAAUUUCCCAUUGAUCUUACUCGCUGUUCUCUUAUGAUGAUGCUCGAUUUAUCUUUCAACAGCUUACAAGGUUCUGUUCCUGAACAGAUUGGCCUUCUUUCAAACUUAGACUUCUCACUUAACCUUUCAAACAACCAUUUCGAAGGACAACUGCCAACAAGCAUUGGAAAGCUGGUGUCUCUGCAGGCAAUCGACUUUUCGAAGAAUAAAUUUGUUGGUGUCAUACCUGGCUUGAUUGGAAGUUGCAUUUCUUUGGUGUAUCUGAACCUGUCCAAAAACAUGCUUGAAGGCACAAUUCCAAGGUCUUUGAAAUCAAUCACUUAUCUUGAAGUUUUGGACAUGUCUCACAAUCGAUUAAAUGGCACUGUUCCAAUCUGGAUUGCUGAUGAACAUAUGAUCAAGAAUCUCAAUUUAUCUUAUAAUAAUCUAUCAGGUGAAGUUCCAUAUACUGGGAGGAUUACAUUUUUUAAUAAAAGCUCAUUCCUGGGUAAUGUGGGGUUGUGUGGUGGUUCUGCACAACUUGGUCUUCCUCCAUGUGAAGUUCAAAAGCAAAAAGGCAGGACAAAGAAUUGGGUAAUUUACUCUGUGGUUGCAGCAGUUGCAGUAAGCUGUGUGGUGGGUGCUGUCUUUGUUCAUAGGGAACUCGAAAUUGCAACACUCAAGUUCAAUGAGGCUAAUCUCCUGGGUAGAGGAACUUUUGGAUCAGUCUAUAAAGCAAUCAUUGAUAAUGGGGAAAGUACUGUGGCAGUUAAGGUCCUGCAUGAUGACAGCAAUCAAAGUUUCAAAAGCUUUAAGAGGGAAUGUCAAAUAUUGUCUGAAAUCAAGCACCGGAAUCUCGUUAGACUGGUAGGGUAUGCCUGGAACACAGGGUUCAAGGCUCUUGUCCUUGACUUUAUUGGCAAUGGGAACUUGGCACAACAUCUUUAUCCUGGUGGGCUAGAGGAAGGAGCUUGUGAGCUAACUUUAAGGGAAAGAAUCUCCAUAGCUAUUGAUAUUGCCAAUGGCUUGGAGUAUCUUCAAGAAGGCUGUCCAGUCCAAGUGAUACAUUGUGAUCUGAAACCAGAAAAUGUGCUUAUCAACACAAAUAUGGUGGCUCAGGUAGCAGAUUUUGGGAUUGGAAAGCUCAUUUCAGCUGACAAAAUGGAAGAACAUCUUAGCACAACGCGUUCUCUUCGAGGUUCGAUUGGUUAUAUUCCCCCAGAAUAUGGGCAGGGAGUUGAGGUAUCAGCUAAAGGGGAUGUGUAUAGCUUUGGUGUGGUUCUGCUCGAGAUGUUUACACGAAAAAGACCGACAAGUAAUGUGUUUUCGGAUGGGCUUGAUCUAAGGAAGUGGGUGGGUUCUGCAUUUCCAGACCAAAUUUGGGAUGUUGUUGACACCACACUGAAGCAGGAGGCGUGCUCAAAAGGCACAAGUGAUGCUUUAGAGAAGCUUGAGCAAUGCAGCAUUCAAUUGCUUGAGGUAGGGAUGAUUUGCACAGAAGAGAGUCCGCACAAACGACCCCUUAUGUCCUCUGUUGUGCCAAUGUUGAAAAAAUGUCUCGAAAGAAAAGGAAUUUGA